AUGGCGGUGAACCUGAACCACAGUGAGAACCGCCGCGGGGUGGUCGUCCCUCAAGGCGAAAGUAUCUUGAAGCAGUGUUCAGAUGUGGAGCUCUCCUUCCCACACUCACCGCGGGGCUCCAACUUCUUUAAUGGUACAAAGAGGGGAACGUUGUUUCUCACUUCAUUCCGGGUGAUUUUUGUGACUUCGCACUCGGUCAAUGAUCCCAUGUUGUCUUUUAUGAUGCCAUUCGGUCUGAUGAAGAACUGCACUAUUGAACAACCAGUGUUGGGUGCAAACUACAUUCAAGGGACCAUUCAGGCAGCUCCAGAUGGUGGCUGGGAAGGACAGGCUAUGUUUAAACUAGUCUUCCGGAAAGGAGGUGCCAUCCACUUUGCCCAGCUGAUGAUGCAAGCUGCUUCUGCUGCUGCUCAUGGAGUUCCACUUGGUGUCCCAAAUUACUGGAUCAGCCCUCCAGGAAUUUAUGUUGUUACUGGGGAGGGGAGCAUGUGCACUCCAGAGACACCUUGUCAAGUUUUUGUGUAUGGAGCACCCCCGGUAGGAUAUGGAGCCCCUCCUCCGGUAUAUGGCGCCCCUCCUCCUGGAUAUGGAGCCCCCUCUGCAGGAUAUAGAGUACCCCCUGCAGGAUACCGAGCCCCCACAGCCGGAUACGGGGUCCCUCCACCAGCAUAUGGCCCGCCUCCUGCUUACGGAGCCCCAACCCCUGCAUAUGGAGUCCCGCCUCCUGUGUAUGGAGCCCCACCUCCGCCACACGGAGUCCCACCUCCUGCCUAUGGAGCCCCACCUUCCGCACACGGAGCCUCGCCCCCUGCAUAUGGAGCUCCGCCCUCCGGAUAUGAAGUCUCUCCCUCAGGAAUGGAGGCCCAGCAUGUUAGACAUGGAGCCUCCCCUUCUGGGUACCCAUCCCCACUUCCUGUACCCAGAGUCUCAUCUGCAGCCCCACCUGCUGCCCCACCUGCCAACUCUGUGGCAGGUCAGACUCCUGGAAAUGAGGCUUCGCCUCCCUCUACCUCUUCUCCGCCCAAUUCUGGUCCUUCUAAGAUGUAA